CGUAUUUCUCAGGAAAUGUUAUAUUUACGAUAAAAAUCCAGAUGAUUUUACUAAUUUCUCUUUAGUGUGAUCAUUAAAAUGUCAACUUCAAGAGCCCAGCGAAUAGAUAUGAAGCAUGGCUUCAUGAAAAGCAUAAUUCGAAAUCAAGUUGACAGGGAUUCCUAUGAUAAAGAAGUCAAAACUACCAAGCAGAACACAAGAGGGAGACAUUUUGGAGCUGUCAACCAGCGAUCUAAAAAGCCUGAUGCGGCUGUUUAUGUGCCUCCAUCCAGGAAAGAUCAGACGAACAAACCGCAAGAGGAACAAACUUUCUAUGAUAGCGCUGAUAGCGAACAAAGUAGCUCGUCCAGGGAGGAAAAUGCUCAAAGUAAAAAUACCCAGAAUGUCUCGCUACCUCAAGACAACAAGAACAACCGGAAUAAACCUCAGUCGCAUUCAGAGUCAGUUCCAACUGGAAACAAAGCAACUUGUGAGUCUUCAGGUAAAGACAAAGCAAAUAGUUUGGCCUCUGCAAAGUCAGCUAAGGCCCCUCCAGUCGUGAACAAUUCUACACUAUCUCCACAUAACCGGAUGCAGUCACCAAAUUCCCAAGAGCAGCAGCCUCAGAUGCCAAAACAACAAAAGCAACAGCAGCCUUAUAAUACACAGAAACAACAGCCACAGAUAUCGCAACAACAGCAGCAGCAGCAGCCUCGGAUAUCACAACAGCAGCAGUAUCAAUAUUCAGAUGAUGAUGAUGAUGAACCAAAGUUGCUGUUUAAGUUUGAAUUUGAAGAUAAAGACGGGAAGGUUUAUAAGCAAUAUGUCAUGGAGGGUAUACGUGCUGAUGUGUUAGCUCGACGUAUGGGAUGUGAUCGUGGUCUUCCCCCGCACAUGGUGAAGACCCUCGAAAAUAUUCUACAGAAGGAGAUUGACAAGCGAUCACCACCCUCGUGACACCAUGACACUCGCACAGCUUGACGUGCUCACAGAUUCAGAUAGCCAACUUUCACAAACAGUCUUAAAUCUAGAGUCUAAACUUAGACUCAGAUAAGCAAUUAUUUAAAAGUGAUAUGUUUUACAUCAGACAGAACAGAAUAUAUAUUAAAGAUAUAUCAUGGAUAUUGUAUAUCCAUUGCUUUUGCAAAAUUUGUGUUCAUGAUAGGGGUGGUAAUGUAUUCAGCAAUGUUCUACCAGCAAAACCCUGUUAGAAUGAAAGUUACGCUUUAAAUGAGAUUUGCAAUUUUGAGUCUUAACUCAGACCCAAGACUUUUUGAAACAUGAGUCUGUGCCCCAAUAUUGCUAAAAUACUUUAUGAAUGAUUUGACUCAACUUAAUACAUUAGUUAUUCUCCAACUUGUAUAAUUGAAAAAGAAUGGAAAUCUUGUUUGUUUCAAAUUGUGAUUUAUAUUUUUUUUUAUCAAUAUUCAAUAAUUUACAUUUAGUUGAACACACAAUAACUCCAACACUUUUUUGCCGUAGAAUAUAUUUCUGCAAAAUGUUCACAAUAUUUCUUUGUAUACAGUCUAUAACAGAAUGCAUUUUUAAAAAGAGUAAAACACAUAUAUAUAUAUAUGUUAGAUUUGGAAUCAAAUUAUGCUGUAAUUAUCAUUAUUAUUUUGUAGUAAAAUAAGUUGAGAUUGAAAAAUGACUUAACUAUUUUUUGUGAUAUUGGGCCAGAGUUCCAACUUGAAUUUGAAAAUUGGUUGUCCAAAGGGUAAUUUUAAAGAAAUGCAUGAAGGCAUCCGUCUUUGUUAUAUGUUUAUAGCAAAAGUGUGACUGUAUUAUUUAAUAGACGAAAUUUCUGCAUAGGCCAGAAAAUGAGAACCCUGACUGUAUUUCACCACUUGUGCCAACCAUGAUCUGACUUAAGUAUUCUUUUGAUGAAGCUGUUGCUUGCAUACAUGUACAUGCAUUUUUAUAAGGAAUCAUUGUUGACGAGUGUCUUUGCUUUGUGUUAUUUGAAAUUAAGGUUAUAAUUUUAAGGUAAGCCAUCCACCAUUAGGAUGAAAAAAUGUGCAUUAGAGAUAUGAUUAAUCUUUAUAUUAUUUUGACGUGGAAUACGGUUUUGAAUAACACCAAAAUGAUGCUACUAUUAUGAUAUGAUAUAUUUAAGGGAAGUUAUAUACUCGGUUACAAAAUUUGACCAGACUAUGAUAUGUAGCAUUUUUAUCAGUUUGUUUCUUAAAUAAUGUAUUUAUAAAUAAAAAAAAAAUCUUGUUGCAAAUUCGAAAUAUUCACAUUUUUGUCACGAUAAAAUUAAACUUUGCCAGUAGCAAUGUUUUGUAUUAAUGAUGGAUGAAUGACCUUAAAGCUUUUGAGAGUUUAGCUAAAUCAAUAAAAGCUUCUGUAUAGUUUUACUUAAUUGUUAUAAAAAAAGAGAGAUUUUAAUAAAAAUCGUCUUUAUAGAGAAUGCUUUUUUAACAUGUUGUAGACCACUUAUAACCAUUUACCUGCACCUUAAUCCUACAUUAUUUUCAUCAAUACCAUGCGACAAAAAGAAUCUCAUGUGUUCUAGUCAAAUUGUGUUUCAGGCCAUAAUUGAUAAAAAGUUUGUUUGGCAUUUACCAGACCCACAUUAUUAUGUAUGUACUUUAUUCUUGUAAUCCUAUAUAAAUGAAGAGAAAAAUAUAUAAAGUACAAACAUGAAAUACAAACAUGAAAUACAAACAAACAUGAAAUAUAAAUACGAAAUACAAACAAACAUGAAAUUUAUACAAACAAACAAACAUGAAGUACAAAUAUAAUCAUAAUCACAGGCAUAUUUUCAAUGUACUUCCUUAAUUCCCUAAUGAAAAACGGAAGAAAAAAACUGCCAUCAGAGAAACUUAAAUAAUUUGUGUAUUUUUGUUAUUUGGUCGGGGAAAAGCCAAAAAUAUUUUUUUUAUCAAUAGUUGCCUUAGCAAAGAUUCAUUUGAUCAGACUUGUGUUUGAAUUUCGGAAACAGCUUUUUUAUAUUUAUCAUUCAUAAAAUCACCAGUGUUCACGAUUGCUUAGUCACACUCCAGCAAGAUUUUAUCUGCUUGUCUAUGAGUCUGUCUUUUGUAGCUUGUCUGUUAUUGUUUUUUUUGAAGGAAAGUUGAGGUGUUGUCAUAGCAUUGCUGUCGUUGUCUUUGUUGUGUUGUAACUAUAACCUUGGCCAUUAAAUUUAAAAACUGUUCAUGAUAUUCAUAUGAAACUUGGUACACAUGCUGCUGCUCAUUAUAUGCCCAUGUAUUAUAAGCAAGAUGAUAUUCAUAUGAAACUUGGUACACAUGCUGCCGCUCAUUAUAUGCCCAUGUAUUAUAAGCAAGGUCUCAAAACUGCAGUUUUAAUAAUAAUCUAGUUAUGCUCUAGUUAUAAUAAUGCUCCUUAUUCAACUUGAAAAUAACAACAGACGGGCAUUGAUGUUUGCUGAGUGGCUCUCGUCUUUUGGUUCUUAACCAUUGUUGUUAGUCUGUUCUGUUGUGUUGAUGUGUAUAGAUAUUGACACAUUUAUUUUUUAUGUUAAAUGUUUUUUAGCAGAUUUUGUACCGGUAUUCAUGUCAUUCAAGUUUAAGAAAAGUGAAAAUCCUGUCUGAGAUCAAAGGUUUUCUUAGCCAGAGUUCUCCACUUAGAUUUAUGUAUUUAAUAUUCAUACUGGAAGCAGCAAGCCAGCAACUGUGUUAGAAAAGCCUAUAUUAUCUUUUAGAAACUAACAGAACAAUUCUAAACAUGCCUGACAAUUUUGUACAUUAUUACAUUUUGUAUAAUUCUUUCUUUAAAUCUCUGUCUCAGAAAAAAAUAAUUAAGUGUAUAUGUAAAUGAUAACAUUGUGAUUUGAAUACAAUUACAUUAAUAAUUGAAUAAGAGCUUUAGUGCAUAAAUGUGAUUUGUAAAAGCUAGGUAAUCAUUGACAUUUAAAGUAGAUGUUAUUGUGUACUGAUACAAACAAAUUCAUACAAAGUAUUUCUUGUCUCAAAAUGUUCGUUGUAGAAAUUGUUAGUUGAUCAAUGGAAUCACAAUGUUUACUUUAAGUCUGCUGUCCAAGGUAUAUAUAAUUAGACAUUAAAAAUAUUUUUUAUUUCCGGUAUGUUGACAUAACCAUAAUUAUUCUUGGCAUCCAACCCUAAAUUGUUAUUGCAAGCCAUCAGUAUUUGAACAGGAAAGUCACAUAAACUGUACUCAGACAUAUUGGUGAAGAUUUUCAGUGUGAAAAUUACACUCAGACACAACUUCACUAAAAACAAAUAUCCCAACCUACCUACCUACUUAUAUAUUGUUUGCAGUGAUAUCAGAAACGCACAUAUAUACCUGUUUGGCCUAAUAAACUGUAGAUGUAUUUGAUGUACCUUCCGUGCAAACCCCAGUAGUGAAUUACCUCAAUCUUUUUUGUUUUUAUAUUGUGUAUUAAUAUUUGGUUGUUAUUGAGGUUGUGAAAUAAACUGCAAUAGUCAUACACAAAUCACAGAUUUCUAAUCAGUAUAUUUUGUAUAUAUGCUUACUAGUAUGUCAUAUUUAUUUGUUGACUUUGUACUUAGAGAUGCACUCUUACUCCCAGAUAAGAUUUACCACAAUAAAUAAUAUUUUUUUAAUAUUCCAAAAGGAUGAAUAAAUAUUGAAAACAAUGGUUCCUAUAAAGAAUACAGAGUUUAAUUUGAAAGAAAUGAGCAUAAAACACGGUAUUUCUACCUUAUGAGACUAUAGUAGACCACAGUAAAUCUUACCAAUAUUUUAAUAUUUUUGCUCUUUCUGCUAUUAAAUACACAGUUACAAUCUUGUUAUCAGUAAUUAAUAUUUUCCAUAAAUGCAUUAUUUAGUAAGUAGUUAAAUGUUUAUCAGUCAAAACUGAUGUAUAUUAUACACGUGUAUGUAUUGAUUUUGAAUAAGAGUGUCUAUUUAAGGUGUUGCCCUUACAAGGCCUUUGAUCAGACAUAAGGAUGAUGAUAGAUUAAAACAAAAAUGGGUGCAGGGUAGUGAUCCCCAUUAUGAGAUCAUGAUGACAAAUUGUUUGAUUAUUUUUUAUACAAAGUGCACACACCUGACAUCACUGUAUCAAUUUCAGCAUGUGACAUUGACCAGUAAGACCUUUACAUAGAUAAAAUAUCAUUCAACUGGUAUGUCUUCACACAUGUUUCUGUUUUUGUACAAAUUCUCACCAUCUAAGGUCCAAGGACUUACCUCACUAUGGUACAAUGUCUCGUGUUGUUUUUCGUUAACUUUGGCUGUAUAAAGAUAUGUGUUGCAUUGUUGAUCAACUACCCUAAUUGUUUUUUAUCUCAUAUUUAUAUUGUUAAUGCAUGCCUCUGUCCUCAGAUUGGAAACAAUUUUAAAUUGUAUAAAUGUCCUCUAGAGUGAUUACUGUAUCUGUAUUUGAAUUUGUAUAAUUCCCUAUAAAUUGUUGAAUUGCAUGAAGUUAAAAUCCAUUACUCAACAUUUACAAGUGUAAUGUGGGUAUACUUAUGUGUUUUUGUGGGAACUUGCUAGAAUUGUACAGAAACUAUGAACUCGUUUUGUCACUAAUAAAACGGACCUUUUUUGCUAAACAAUCA